AUAUACUCGCUUCAGUAUGGUCCUACUCCUAUCAGUAAUAUAUAAUAUAUGAGAUGAAAAAAAGUGAAAAUACAAUCGAAAUAAUCAAAUCUAAUAAUUAUACAUACUUGUUUGAUAUUAUACAUUAUUUUUCUUUCGUCAAAUUGGCCCAUAACAAACUUGAUUUUGUGACUUUGAGCUAAUUAGCGAGGUUGGUGAACCAUAAAAACUUUGAAACGUCGAGAACCCUCCCUUCCCCUCCUCCAGAAUUGGCUUUGGCGCACGAAAGAGGGAUCGAACCAAAACCAUUGGCUUGGGCCCUUCCAGAUGCCAGGUGUCGCCAGUGAGAGCCUCAUCAGCCUUAUCACAAUCACCACAAAAUCUAAUCCUCCUCAUCAUCCCAAUAUCCAAAACCAGCCAAUUGGCAGUCACUAAUUCCCCACCCUUCAUUCUCCAGUUUCCACACAACCUUACUCAUAGUCAUAGGCGCCACUACCUGGAAGUUCCAGAAGACAAAUAAGAAAAAAGGGAGAGAAGGCCAAAAACAGAGCAACAGUUUCAAAUGGCUUCCACAGCAGCAUGCUUCCUGCACCACGCCGCCCUCACAACUUCCACCAGGUCAGCGGCCGCUUCCUCCGCCGCUCAGCGACUUCCCUCUCCCGCUGCCGCCAGGCUCGUCUGCCGGGCCCAGAAACAGCAGCAGCAGCAGCUGGAUGAUCAGGACACCACCAACGACGGCGCCUUGUCCCGUAGGUUGGCCCUCACCCUCCUGGCCGGAGCCGCUGCCAUCAGCUCCAAAACCGCCCCCGCGGACGCCGCCUACGGUGAAUCCGCUAACAUCUUUGGGAAGCCAAAGACGAACACGGAUUUCUUACCCUACAAUGGGGAAGGGUUCAAGCUUUCCAUCCCGGCGAAGUGGAACCCUAGCAAAGAGGUGGAGUAUCCAGGGCAGGUGCUGAGAUACGAAGACAACUUUGAUGCCAACAGCUACGUCAGUGUCAUGGUCACCCCAACUGACAAGAAAUCCAUCACCGACUACGGUGCCCCUGAAGAAUUCCUCUCCCAGGUCAACUUUCUGCUGGGGAAGCAGGCUUACUUUGGCAAGACCGAUUCCGAGGGUGGGUUCCAGUCUGGUGAGGUUGCGACGGCCAACAUCCUGGAGACAUCAACUCCAGUGGUGGGCGGGAAACAGUACUACAUUGUGUCGGUGCUGACGAGGACUGCCGACGGAGAUGAAGGCGGGAAGCACCAGCUGAUCAGCGCCGCUGUGACAGAUGGGAAGCUCUACAUUUGCAAGGCGCAGGCUGGAGACAAGAGGUGGUUCAAGGGUGCUAGAAAGUUUGUCGAGAACGCUGCAACUUCCUUCAGCGUCGCCUAAGACACGAGGCAUAUUUGUAUUGUAGCCGCUUGCGUGUAAUGUAAAUCCUAAGCACAACAACCAUGAUUCGGAAUGCGUAUGGCUGUGAGUUGGUGUUGUUGGCAAGAGCUUUACAUUUUCUUAAGAGAUUUUUUUUUUAUAAAAGGGAGGCCAAAGGCCAGGAACACCAGAGCAAAGGCCCUGUUAAAACAAGAAACCAACCAUAAAAAGAUCACCUGCAGAAUCACAGACUUAACACCAACUAAUUGCUGGCUGUCGCACUUGUCUAUAAAAACUGACACGUCGAACGUCCUCUUGAUAGAUCCUAUCCAGCUCCAAGAUAGCUCCAAUGGAGGAUCUUCUAGCUCAUACGUAUCGAAAGGAUAGACGAGAUUGUGCUUCGAGAGUCAGUCUGCGACUAUAUUCCUUUCGCUAUAUGUAUGAACUAGACGAACCACCCAAACAUUAGCUAACAAUCUCCGAAUAGUACCAAAGAUCGUGGAGUACAGGUGAGCGUUCCCUUCUUUUCUCAAUCAACUGCAGUGCUAAUUGGGAGUCUGUUUCCAGAAUCAGGAACUGCGUUCCUUUCUUCCAAGCGAACUCAAGAACCUGAAGAAUCCCCCAAGUUCUGCCAUAAGUGUUGUACCCGUCCCCAGUUUGCUGCAGAAACCACCUAGCCAUAGCAAUUCCUGAGCACACCUCCUGUAGUUGUCAUUCCCGGGUUGUGUUGAGCCGCUCCAUCAGUGUUAAUUUUAUGCCAUCCGACAGGAGGGGCUGUCCACCCUACUAGCACUUCCACCCGAUGCCCCCUAUCAGCUAGCAGCUCAUUUUCUUUCGCUGAAAGCCAAGCUUUUGCCCAUGUCCCCAUGUCUUCGCCUUUGCAGUGAUGUAGUGAUGCAAGGUUGAUGCUGAUAAUUUAACCCCCUUGAAGAUCCCAUCAUUUCUGCAUUUCCAGAUGUACCACAUCACAAGACUAAAAUAGCUAGCCCACUGCCCUGGUCACGCUCCUUCAGAGUCGUCCAAUAAGUUCGAAACCAACUGUUGGGUCACACAUUGAGCCACGCGGCCCGUAAGCCCAGAAAGCACUCAAGGCCCACAAAAGAACAAGCAAGGCCCAAAAGAGGAUCAGGAACAAAGGCGACCCAAGGAU